UGUUCAAAAUUUAUCUAAAAAAAAAUUCAUAUGUUAUUAAUUUUAAUUGGUUAAAAAGGUAAAAUUAAGGUGAAUGCAAAUUUAUACAAUCAACAACACAAAAACUGCAACAGGAGAAGUUAUGGUUUCCUCUUGCCAAUUGCACUCCUUCAACUCUCAGGGAUGCUGAAAUCAAUGUGGUUGCAUCUCCUGAUGUUGGGUUAUAUUUUGGACGAGUGUUUUUUUCUGAUCGUAUAACCAAAAAUGGAGACAUACCCAUGAACAAGUGUCAUCUCGAUUCUCACGUUUUGUUAGCAGGGUAUAAUUGUGUCAUGCCUUAAGUCUUCUGAAUAUUAAGGUGCAAAAACUGAGCUUUAUCUGAUUUGUGAUGAUCGUAUCAUGCCUUAGAUUUCUUCAAUGUACUCACAAACCUCCCCCGUAUCCCAUACUCACUUUUUCUUACACGACAAGAUCGCUUUUGCCUCACAAAGACGAACCCAUCAAUUGGAACACAACGCAUUCUUUCAUCCUCUCAAACCCACUUUUAUCUUUGUUAGAAAAAUGCAAAUCGACGACUCAAGUGAAACAAAUUCAGACUCAAAUGAUCAUAACGGGGUUAAUCUUAGAUGGGUUAGCUGCAAGUCGAUUAGUUGCCUUUUGUGCCCUUUCCGAAUCAAAGAAUCUUGAUUACUGUAAAAGAAUAUUGAACAAUUUACGGAGCCCAAACGUAUUUUCAUGGAAUGUAAUGAUUAGGGGUUACUGCACGAGUGAAAAACCAGAAGAAAGUCUUUUGUUGUAUAUGGAGAUUUUGAGAAGGGGCAACGUAUUGCGACCUGAUAAUCACACAUAUCCUUUGUUACUUAAAUGUUGCGCCAAGUUGUCUUUGAUUAGGAUGGGUUUUUCAGUUAUUGGGCAUGUAAUUCAUUUAGGUUUUCAAUCUGAUAUGUAUGUAAAUAACGCAGUUAUUCAUUUAUUGGUGUCAUGUGGGGAACUAUAUGAAGCACACAAGGUGUUUAAUGAAAGUUGUGUCAGAGAUUUGGUGUCUUGGAAUUCAAUUAUUAAUGGGUAUGUUAGGAAUGGGAAGCCAUCAGAGGCCUUGAAAUUGUAUGAACAGAUGGAGGAAAAAGGGAUUACUCCAGAUGAGGUUACAAUGAUAGGAAUGAUAUCUUCUUGUGCUCAACUUGAAAACUUAAAUCUUGGGAGGAAACUUCAUCAAUGUAUAGAAGAAAAUCGAAUAAAAAUGACGGUUCCACUUGCUAAUGCCUUAAUGGACAUGUAUGUGAAGUGUGGGAAUAUAGGCGUCGCAAAGAGUUUAUUCCACAAAAUGACUAGAAAGACCAUAGUGUCUUGGACCACCAUGAUUGUUGGUUAUGGUAAAAAUGGUCAUAUAGAUGUUGCCAAGAAGCUGUUUAUGGAAAUGCCUGAAAAAAAUGUGGUUUCAUGCAAUGCCAUGAUCGGUGUUUACAUUCAAGCCAAAUAUUUUGAAGAUGCAUUAGCUACGUUCCAUGAAAUGCAAGGUAUGAAAAUUCAACCCGAUGAGGUAACCAUGCUUUAUUGUUUGUCUGCAUGCUCACAACUUGGAGCACUUGAUGUUGGGAUUUGGGUCCAUCAGUACAUCACAAAACACAAUAUGUCUAUAAACGUUGCCUUAGGUACUGCAUUAGUCGACAUGUAUGCCAAAUGUGGUAACAUAGGAAAGGCAUUUGAAGUGUUCAAUGAAAUACCUAACCGAAAUUCUUUAACAUGGACUGCCAUAAUCAAUGGCCUUGCCAACCAUGGCUUGGCUCAUGAUGCCAUAUCUCAUUUCUGGGAGAUGAUCAAUAUUGGUCUAACCCCAGAUGAAAUCACAUUUUUAGGUGUCCUAUCAGCUUGUUGUCAUGGUGGUUUGGUAAAUGAGGGUCGCAAGAUUUUCUCCCAAAUGACCUCCGUUUUCAACAUUGUUCCCAAAAGUAAACACUACUCUUGUAUGGUUGACCUUCUUGGUAGGGCUGGUUUACUGAAAGAAGCUGAGGAGCUAAUCAAGACUAUGCCAAUCAAAGCAGACGAAAUUGUUUGGGGUGCAUUGUUUUUUGCUUGUAGAAUUCACGGGGACGUUGAGAUGGGUGAACGUGCGGCUUUCAAACUUCUUGAAUUGGACCCUACUGAUAGUGGGACCUAUGUUUUGUUAGCCGGUAUGUACCGUGAGGCAAAGAUGUUUGAGAAGUCAAUGGAGGUGAGGAAGUUGAUGAGAGUAAGAGGAGUAGGCAAGACUCCUGGUUGUAGUGCAAUUGAGGUGAAUGGAAAUGUUUUUCAGUUUAUUAUUAGAGACAAAUCACACCCUCAACAUCAGGAAAUAAGUGAACUUUUGGUUCAACUAACAAAACAACUUGUGUGUUUUCAAGAUAUAGAUAUUCAAUUCCUUCUAUUGUCAAGUUUUUAGCUUAUAUGACACAUCGGUUUUGCCAGGUUGAGUGUUAUGCUUAAGGAGGUUAGCUUGCCUAAGUGCUUAUUAGUAGGAUUCAUAAUCGAUAAUUACACACAACAGUGAAUAAAUUAAAGUAAUCAACAAUUUGUUUCUUCCACA